CUGUGAUUUCAAAUUGAAUAGAAAACACCCAACAAACUGUGUUAAAAAUAGUUUUGCAAAAAAAAAUAAUGUUUAAAUCCUAUUUAUUUAUAUUAUUGUUGUAUUUCACAGCGAUCGUGUGGUGUAAAUUACCAAACGAUAUUGAACAAUGUCCAGCUGGUGAUCAUAAAUGCAUUAUCAAUAAUAUCAAUCAUAUUUUCCAAACGAAAUUAAAUGGCGAUGAGGAUUUGGGAUUGGUUAAGCUUAAACCAAUGGAUGCUGGAACUUUGGUAAUAAAUCAGGGCAUUGAAUUGGUAAUUAAAGAUACGAAACUUGAGGGAGUGGAAACUGUAAAAGCCAUCAAAAUAAAAGGAUUUGGUUCAAAUCCCGAAGGAGUACAUGAGAUUACUUUCAAAUCUCCGGUAUUAUCCUUAUUGGGCGAUUACAAAGGAAAGGGCAAAAUUCUUAUAUUCAGCUUGGAGGGUGCAGGCAAAGCUAACUUAACAUUGGUUGAACCCGUUUUUAAACUAACCAUCAGCGGUAAAUCUUUAACCAAAGAUGAGCAAGUUUUUCUGGAUGUCACCUCAACUGUAUGGGAAUUGAAGAAUAAAAAAGAAUUCAUUGUCUAUUAUAGCAAUCUAUUUAAUGGUGAUAAAUUUCUAAACGAACAAUUUAAUGCCUUAAUUAAACAAGAAUCAGAACUACUGGGUGCUGAGUUUAUACCUCCCGUUUUGGAGGCUGUUCAGAAGGAAAUUCACAAGGCUGUUAAGAGUGUUUUUAGAAAAAUUCCAUACAAUGAAACAAACGAUAUUGAACAAUGUCCAGCUGGUGAUCAUAAAUGCAUAAUCAAUAAUAUCAAUCAUAUUUUCCAAAUGAAAUUAAAUGGCUAUGAGGAGUUGGGAUUAGUUAAGCUAAAACCAAUGGAUGCUGGAACUUUGGUAAUAAAUCAGGGCAUUGAAUUGGUUAUUAAAAAUAUGAAACUUGAUGGAGUGGAAACUGUAAAAGCCACCAAAAUAAAAGGAUUUGGUUCAAAUCCCGAAGGACUACAUGAUAUUACUUUCAAAUUAUCGGCCUUAUUGUCCUUAUUGUACGAUUAUAAAGGAAAGGACAAAGUUUUUGUAUUGUCCUUGGAGGCCGAAGAUCCCAAACCCUGCAAAUAUGGUGAUAGCGAAUGUUUAACCAAAACCAUUGAGUAUUUUCUACAUGAAAAAAAUCAAGGUGAUAAAUCGAUAAACUUGGUGAAAAUUGAUCCAUUGGAAGUGAAAAAGAUCUCUAUGAAACAAGGUGCAGAAAGUCCAGUUAAUAUUGAUUUGACAUUUACAAAUAGCAACAUAUACGGACUUUCCAAUGCCAAAGUUACUAAAGUCAAGGGAUUUGGCAAAGACAUGACACAAAAACAUGAAAUUACUUUAAAAUGUGAACAACUUGAUCUAGUGGGGGACUACAAUAUUAAAGGCAGAAUUUUAGUGUUGCCCAUAACUGGUACAGGCAAGAGUAACAUAACAAUGCUCAAUGUCGAGCUCAUUAUGAAAUUCACGGCCACCCCCAUGGAAAAAGAUGGCGCCACUUAUAUGAAAAUCAAUAAAUUUCAAUUGCAACCUGAACCCAAAGAUAUGAUUUUCAAAAUCGAUAACUUGUUUAAUGGCGACAAAGCAUUGGGCGACAAUAUGAACUUGUUUUUGAAUGAGAAUUGGUCUGAUAUUUAUAAGGAGAUAAGUGGUUCGAUUGGUUCAGCAUUUGGUAAAAUAUUCCAAAGUGUAAUAGGUCAUGUUUUCACCAAAUAUCCAUAUGAUCAAUUUUUAAUUGAAUAAGUAUUUCACUCAAACGCUAUGACGUUGAGAUAAUUGUUUUAUUUUUUAGAAUUGUUUUUAUAUUAGAAUUAAGUAUUUGCAAAUAUGUAAUUAGAAUUAGCUGUGAUGUAUGAAACUAAAAAG